ACAAGGAAGGUGAAAAGGAAGGAACAAGGAAGAAAGGAGAAGGAAGGAACAAGGAAGGAGAUGAGGAAAAGAGGGAAGCAGGAAGGACGGAGGAGUGGAGCAUAUCGAGCGGGAAUCUGUUGUUAUUGACGGACCAGGCAGGGGCGGGGCAAGCUCGUUAGGGCCACAAGUUGCUUAGGGCUCAGGCUCACUUGUUACACGACCCCCGCCCCGCCCGCUGCCCGCCUGCCCCGCCGCCGCCAGGAGCACCCACGUAGCAGCACGAUAGACAGGAGGAGGUGGAAAUAGAAGGGCCACUGCCUCGUCUUCCCCUCCAGUUGAUCAGAGUUGAGUGUGACGAGGUAUGGGAGUGGAGUGACAAUGAUCUGAUGAGUGUGAGAUAGAGUGAGUGCAAGAGGAGGGGGAAUGGGAAAAUCAGAGAGGAAAGAAGAGAAAGGAGAGGUGGAGAGGAGGGAUGGAGAGGAGAGUAAAAGGGGUAGGAAAGGAGUAGGUGGGGGGGAGUGGGGGAAGCGGGAAGGUAAAGAGGGAUGACACUCCACCACAUCUCAUCUACGUGAUCCUAGUUGGAAUUGGCGGCGCUGGGAGUGAGUAGAUUAAAUGUUUCUGAGGAGCGGGAGUGAGAUGAAGAGAGAGAGGGAGGAGGGAGGGCUGGAAAGGAGUAGGUGGGCGGGAGGGGGGCGGAGAGGGGGGCGAGGGCGGCGAGCAGCGCGUGUGCAAGUUUGGUGCGAGCCGUGAGUCGAAGGUGCAGCAGCUGGGCCCCGGACGGUCGCCUCACACCGGCCGCCGCGCUGCUCCGCCUCGCCCGUCCGCGCUGGUGAGCUGUCGGUGCUGGCGGCCACGUCUGACCUUUACCCCCCUAAGCCUCGAGUGCCGUUCAUCCGCGCCGUUCAGCAGUGCAGCGAGUGAGUGCAGUGUUCAGCCCUGGCCAUUCCGAGGGAUAUUCCGUGGAACCUUCUGCUGCAGCGCCAAACAGCUGAUUGCCGCUGACCGGGAGGAACAGGUGUCUGCCUCGGCGGCCCGGCGCAGUGCAUGGUGAUAAAGAGAGAGAGAAAAAAAGGCAAUCGUGUGGUGACGGGAGCGGAAGUGCGGUACAGAGGCGUGUGCAGCAAGUGACGCAGUGUGUGAGUGGUGGCGGCCAGGUGAGCCAGGAGUCACAGAGCCGCUAAUUGCCGCCCCGCACGCCAGGCACGGCACGCCCGGGCCUGGCGAGGCGGCGGGCACGACUGACCCGGCAGGUGAGCGCCCCGGCCCCGCCAGCGCCUCGCCUCGCCCCGCACGGGUGGCCACGUCCGGGGCUCGCAGCUUUAGUGUAUGGCUGCAGCUGAUGCGGUGAAGGACGCGGCGAACCGGUUCAAUCUUGCUUGUGACUCAUUGCGUUGUGGUAUUCGACGUGAACAUCGUGUAUUUUCACUUAUUAAUAUUAUUAUCGAGUUUCGCGAGGAUUCCUAACAUGGGAUGCGGCCGCCCCUGAGUCGCCGCCGGGGCAGUAAAUUUCUCGCCAGGACACGGCCGGUUGGCUGGCUAGCGGUGCCUGGCGGGGCGGGGGCGUUGCGGAGCCUCGGUGGUCAUAAUAAUGCUGAUUGCGUGACUCGGCGUGGUGCUCCUGCCGCCGCUGUGUCCUGCUGCUCCCAGCACUGAAGGAGCUCCGCCGGGGCGACUCUUACGUCAGGUCACACCACACUCCAUCUAGUUUAGUCGUCCGUAUUGAAUUUUCUUCCAUUCGCUAACUCCAACCAAAUAUCUUUCUAAACAGGAAACUCUGGAUACAGUGGCAUCAUGAGUGACCUUAGUUUUCAGGAAGACUGUCAGUGAUCAGAAAAAGGCAUAGAGCAUGAGGAAACACAGCCUGCACAACCAGCGCGGCUUGACUGCCUGAUCGUGUCGGCUGUAGUGUAAAGUGUGAGGCUGCGACGCGCUGGUGCCCGGAGGCGUGAGUGAGGUGGGCGGCACGUGAGGCGACGCACUCAGCCUCCCGCGCAACAGUUUGGAGGCCGCCUCGUGAAAAAGAGAACAGGGGAUGCGAACACGUCUCGGGCGGCCCCACAAGACACAUUCAAGCUUUUGUAGGGCCGUGUGUGAAGUUUUUUUUGUAAGGACUUGAAUGCGUGGGACACCUGUGGCGUGUUCAGGCCCGUGGCUGUCGUGGGAAGGGCGGCGCGGACACCAGGGCAAACUCAUGUUCAGUAUCUUCCCCUUUCUGCCUCCUCUUUCUGAGUCCUCUUAACAUCUUCCUCUCUCUGUUAUUCUAUUUAACGCGUUUUAGAACCAUCCUCUCUUGGACUCGUGUGCUCCAGUGCGGCGCAUCAGUGUUGGGUCUGCCUGUGAGUCAGUGCACAUAAGAUGGAGGAGGGCAACACGCGGACCCAGCCAGAGCGAGUGCUGACGCGGACACGUGCAGGUCGAGUGGCUGGCGGCGGGCAGGGGAAGGAGGGAGUACGCAGCAGCCGCCGGGCCCGAGAGAACUUGUUCUAGUAUUGAAAAAUAGCCACACGAGUGUUUCGCCGAAAAAUACAUACCUAAGACUGCUGUGCUGGUGAAGUCACCAUGGCUACCGACACCAUGGAGUGCGUCUCGCUGGACUUCGCGCCACCGAGCAAGCUCACGGUGACUAGCGCCCAGCGCCACGCCCUCUCGGAGUGCUCGGAGGAGUGUGAGCUGGACGGGAGCUACACGGAGUUCGUUGAGAUGCAGUGGACUAAAGGCAGCAGCAGCAGCAGUAGUUGUAGUGACCUGGGCAAGGAAAGUCCGUGCAACCUGGAUACUGUUCUGGACCUUGGCCACGAGAUAGGGAGCGACACCGAAAGUGUGGUGGUGAACGCGCCCCUCCACGGGCCCACCACGGUGAGGUGCGUGUGCGUGUGCAAAAAGAGAGGAUGUAAGUUUGUGGACAGGCCGUUUGACGCCCACAGCGUGAGGGAGUCGCCCAUCGCUAAGGUGUCGGCCAGGUACAGGCUCGUCACGUGGCUCUCGGGCCUCAUGCCGCACCGAGGCUCAGACUUCGCGGCCACCGACCAGAUCGACGGCUCCUCCAAGGUUCAUCCGGAGAAGAAGUCCAAAAUCAUCCAGAUGUUGAGGAUGAAGAGGCUGAGGAGCUCCAGGACGCCGGGUGGGGUUGCAGACACGCCCCCGGACGCGGAGGGGGCCACCCGGAGGCACUGCCUGGGGCUGUGCGGCGCCAAGAAGCCCGCGCUGCCCCGCCGGCUCAGGGAGUGCCAGGUGUCGGUGCCUCGGUGCAUCGGGGUGAUGCUCGGCCUGACCCUCGUCAUGGCGGGCGUGACCUAUGACCACGGCGUCAAGCACGGCGUGGACAACCUGCUGCAGGACUGCUGGUCGUGGCUGAGGACGAGCUACAUGAACUUCGGUGACGAGUUCGUCUCCUACAACAGCCUCUUCUUUAGGAUGUCCAACAGUGAGCUGUACGGAGAGCCGUACCCUAAGUACGGCCCAAACACCAGCAAAAACACCUCGUCCAACGCCACCAGCUUCAAGGACGCCAUUAAGAAAGUGGACCCCAAAUUCCUCUUCGUGCUGGAGGGGCUCAAGUUAUCCGUCCAGGUUCAUUUUUUUAGCAUCGAUGAAAAAUCCAAUUCCAGCAACCCCGAGGUGAUGGUGCACGACCGCGGGCCCAUGUUCUUCAGGAUCUCCUUCAGGCGCACGGCAGGGCUGCACGUGGAGUUCGUGCCGGAGCGGUCCAACAUGACCCUCUCGACGCCCUUCCAUAUCUACGACCUGAUGAAGAUGGUCAGCAAGAGCAACAACCUCCCCUCCUUCACCAUCAACAUGCACGACUACCACAAGACCACGCCGUCUGUCGUCUUCAGCAUGAUCAUCGAGAACCUGAAGCUCUUCAACGUGGACACCACCUUCCUCUCCAGCAUUCAGGCGCAGAUACAGGCCAAGGGAAGGGGCUUUAGGAGAAUAAGGAGACGCUCUCAGCUAGAAAAGGAGGAAGAGGGAACCAGAAAUUACAUUCCAUCGCCGUCAACUACAGAGCCGCCUCGGAAAGCGACGGCCGGGACGGAGCCAGGGUACACAGCUGCUCCGGUCACGGCGACGAGGGCGGCGGCGGCGGCGACUAAAACGAAGGCGACGACUACGACUAAGGCGGCUGCUGCGACGACUAUGACGGAAGCAGUGACAGCGACGACGACUAUGGGGGCUGCUGCGACGACCAAGACGGAGGCAGUCGCAGCGACGACGAUUGAGGAGACUGCUGCGACGACCAGGAUGGAGGCAGUGGCAUUGAUGACGACUAAGGCUGCUGCUGCAACGACGAAGGCGGUGGGAGCGACGAUUAAGACUGAGGCAGUGACAGCGACGACGACUAAGGCUGCUGCUGCGUCGACAAAGGCGGCAGCAGAGACGACUAAGACGACGGCCGCGACUGAGAUGGUCUGGAACACGACGAGGAGCAGCAGCAGCAGCAGCGGGUUGUCCUUCGCCACCACCCUCGGGCGGGCCAGACGCUCGACGGAGGAGCCGGACCUGAGGAAGGUCGCCUGGAGGUCGUUAACGGAAAUGUCUCGCAAGAUAUUCCUCCCGCUGCCGCUGGACACGAGGAAGACGGUGCUGCUGCCGGUGCCGCUGAUUGAGAAGAACCUGACGCUGCGCUACCGCCACUCCGUCAACGUGCUGGGGCUGCCCGGCUACCAGUUCAUCCUCGGCAACGACAUCGCGAGGAACGGCAGCCCCUGGGAGUACUCCUCGCACGACCUCUACCCGUCCCUCAGCUACUCCAGGGUGAAGGACGACCUCGAGGACGACGACAACUCGCACCAACAGCGCCACCGUUACAAUGACAAGAAGAAGCACCUGCACCACCGCCACUCCAAGCACCAAAACUCCCUCGAGGGCGACACCUACAGGAAGAGCUUCAACGAGGUGCUCGGCGUCGUGGACCUUGAGCCGCUGCUGCUACAAUCCAUCGGCCAGGUCCCCGUCAUGGGCCGCUACAUCAGCAACUACCCCUUCUGGUUAUCCCCGCCCCAUUUUUUAUCCCUCACGGACAAUGUAGAGUAUGUAAGUAGGUCUAAGAGUAGCCUUAGGGACUCGGGGAACAGUUCAGGGACGAGGGACAGCCAGACGAGAAAUAAUCUCAUGGUGGGCGUGGACGGGAUAGCCGCGAACGAGUCCCUUCACGGCUCGUUCAUCUACUACCACCCCAUCCUCGGAGUGCCCAUUAACGCCUCGCUAGCCGUCCAGGUGGGCGUGCGACCGCCUAAGGGCAUGCUGUUCUCCCACAAGCUGGUGCCCAUCAUGUGGACGCGCGUGCAGGUGGAGGAGGUGCCGCGCUCCCUGUGGUACAUCCUGUGGGCCGCCUGCCACCUGCGGGAGACCAUCAUGUCGACGCUCAUCGUGUCCGGCCUCCUCAUCAUCACCUGUUCCCUCACCUGUUUCCGGAAGAAGCGAGCCGAUCGUCCAGGUAGUGCCUAAGGUGGCCGCGUCGGUGGUGUGACGGUGUAGCGCCGAGGAGCAACGCGUCGCCAGCUGAGCCACUGACUGACUGUUCUCGUGGAUUGUGUCGUCAGGCGGUGACCCGCGGACUCGCUCGCGUGCCGCGGGGAGAGACGGUCUUUGCGGGUGUUCCAUGUCUUCCUUGUGCACAUAUUUUCUCUUCCAUUACAUAAAACCGCCGAGCUGAAAAUUGUGGAAACGAAACUGCGUACUGGCGAACCUUACAACAUCCGCGCGUGUGGUGCGUCAGGCAGUGAAGGGGAGGGGAGGAGGAAGGAAGGAAGGAAGGAAGGAAGGAAGGCGAGUAAAUCUACUUGCUCGGCUCUUAUACUGGAUGACUUUGCUCCGACACAACUCUGAGGGACGAGGGCGGCCAGCGUGGAGGCUACGGAAUGCCAUGCUAUGCCUCGCCAUGCAGCUGAAGCGACGAGGGGGUGGCGGGUGGCUCACGUCCCCUCCCUGUCCCGCCGCGGUGGCCGAGUGCACGCCGGCUAGGGAUGAAUGAAUGCCUCGCGCCCGCUGCCAGCCCGCCUGACGCCGCGGCCCCGCUGAGUGGUAAUAAUGGAAAGUGUGUGAAGCGCGUGUUUGCGUGUGUCCGGUCAGCUGGUGGGCGAGUGGAAGUCAAUGUUUGGGGUGUUGUUCUUGUCGUGUGCGUGCGUCAAGCAAGCUGGCAAGCCCCGACUCCAAGCUAAUGUGGGUCACCUUGCCAUGUUCGUGUGGAAAAUAGGCAACGAGGGACCCAAGCCGCCACUAAGGCCGUCCUGCUGUGUCUGAAAUGAAUGUGUGUCUCGCUUCGGCUCGCGUCCCACCGGGCCUUGUGAGCCGCCAGGGAGGGGCCGGCCAGCGACGCGCACCCUGUCAAUGCCCUCCCCACCACCGCCAAGCCGACCCUGUACUGCCCUUGUCUAGGCGUGGAAUAGGUGAGUCUCCCCUUAUUUGUCUUGUUUGUAGCGAUCUUACUGAGUCCUCUUUCCCUGUCAUGUCUUUCCUUCCUUAUCUCAAGCGAUGGUCUAAUAACUUAAGUGAUCUUUCUUAGUCCUCCUUUCUGUCUUGGUGUGGAGUAGGUGAGUCUCCCCUA